AUGGUGAUACCUUUGGCUACAAUCUUUUGCAUGCUUGCUUUGCUUCUCUCUUGUCUAAUAUCUGGAACCAGCGCGCAGAAUAACAUCCAGUACUGUGAUAACAGCAAAGGGAACUAUACAAUCAAUAGCACCUAUCACAACAAUCUCAACACCCUUCUAUUCACGCUGUAUUCCCACACAGAAAUUAACUAUGGUUUCUACAACUUCUCAUAUGGUCAAAACAGUGACAAAGUAAACGCCAUUGGGCUGUGCAGAGGAGAAGUUAAGCCAAACGAGUGCCGCGGGUGCCUCAAGGAUUCUGCAGUCACAAUCACACAGCUUUGUCCAAACCAGAAAGAGGCCCUUCUGUGGUUGAACACUGGGAAAUGCCUAUUGCGUUAUUCUAAUCGCCCAAUAUUCGGUGUCAUGGAAUAUUCUCCUGGCUUCUACUUGAAGAACAGAAACAAGGUAACGGAACCGGAUAACUUUAUCCAAGCAGUCUCCAACUUAAUGGGGAAUCUCACAGUUGUGGCUGCAUCAGGUGACUCUCGUCGUAAGUAUGCUACGGGUAGGGCUAUUGCAUCAAAUUUUAAAACCGUUUACGUAUAUGGUCUUGUGCAGUGCACCCCUGAUUUGUCUGAGCUAGACUGCAGUUCAUGCUUGGAAUGGGCUAUCUCAGAAAUCCCAUCGUGUUGUGUGAAAGCGAUAGGAAGUAUAAUUGUUAGACCAAGUUGUAAUAUUAGAUUCAAAACCGAUAUGUUCUACGAUCAAACCCCUAAAUUAGACCCUGAUGUAACAGCACCAUCUCCAUCACCUCUUUCCUCCCUGAGUUACACUUCCAUUGCCGUUGUUGUUUCUACUGUUGUUGUUGCUGUCGUUUCCCUCCUUUGUCUCUGCAGUUAUUUAAGGAGGAGGAAGGCAAGAAAAACUCUAGCAGUUAAUCAAGACGAUGAUGACGUUGAAAUUGCUCAGUCAUUGCAAUUCGACUUCGACACAACACGCGUUGCUACAGAAGACUUCUCUGAUUCUAAUAAACUUGGAUAAGGUGGAUUUGGAGCUGUUUACAAGACCAACCAUGGGACCGUUAUGCUCAUGCUGAGUAGCUAUUCUCUCAGUCUUCCCAUCCCUUCUGAACCUGCAUUUUAUGCCCACAGUACAACUAGAAGCCUUCCAGCCACGUAUUCAUGGGGACACAGUUCAAGGGCAACAACAAACAAAUCUGCUCAAGAGUCAGAAAAUGAGAAUUCAAUAACUGAGCUGUACCCUCGCUAG